AUGUCACAAAGCCCACGAACAACGGAUGUCGAGGGACAGCAGGUGUCGAAUCCAGUGGCAUUGCAAGCAGACGCAAACCAGCCGUCACCUGACGAGCAUGAGCAGCAAGAAAUGAGCAGAGGCCCUGAUGAUCCCGGUGAUCAUGGUAUGGGUGUUUACGACUUCGAGGUCAAGGAGCAAGAUCGCUGGUUACCUAUCGCAAAUGUCGCCCGAAUCAUGAAAGGUGCACUUCCAGACAAUGCCAAAAUCGCAAAAGAAGCCAAGGAAUGCAUGCAAGAAUGCGUCAGCGAGUUCAUCUCCUUCAUUACUAGUGAAGCGUCGGAGAAAUGUCAGCAAGAGAAACGCAAGACUGUCAACGGUGAAGACAUUCUGUUCGCCAUGACCUCCCUGGGCUUCGAAAAUUAUGCCGAAGCACUCAAGAUCUAUCUUGCCAGAUACCGCGAGACACUCGUUGCUCGAGGUGAACACCAAAGACCAAUGACUAGUGGAGGCACCACGCUUGGUCCCGCCGGCGGAGCCCAAGAAACGUCGCCUUUCGAAGGAAGCAACAACGGCGGUACUGUUCUGGGCAAUGCAAUGGAGCCAACUGAGGGUUCUGGCAAUGACUACGCUUAUGGUGUUGGUCAAGGUGCAACAGGAGAGUACUAG